ACCUCUCCUCAUCCAUCGUCCCCUCCUCAUCAAUUCUUGCCUUUCUGUGAGUGACUGAAACCAUUAGAGCCACAAAAAGCAUGCGUCCUUCAUCCAUGGAAGAGAUGAUAUCUUCGUCUUCUUCUACACAAUCCCCUUCUUCCUUCCACUUUGUCUGUCAAAAAAACCAAGAAACCCCACCAACACUUCAGCAACGCCUUCAGGUUCUCCUUCAAAACCUCCCAGAAUGGUGGGCUUACGCCAUUUUCUGGCAAAAAUCCAACGACGACAAUGGCCGCCUCCUCUUAACCUGGGGCGAUGGCCAUUUCCGUGGUCCCAAAGAGACAACCACCACCACCACCACCACCACCACCGCAUAUGAGGGACGAAGGAAGGUGAUGAAGGGUACUAAUAACCCACUAUUAGAUGGGUGGAUGGACGAAUCAGAUGUCACCGAUGUAGAAUGGUUCUACAUGGUAUCCCUCACACGUUCUUUCGCCUCAGGCGACGGAGCUCCUUCCCGAGCUUUCAGUUCCGGCUCUCCAGUGUGGUUGUCGGGAAGUCACGAGCUUCGUUUGUACGAUUGCGAGAGAGCUAGAGAAGCCCAAAUGCAUGGGAUGGAAACUCUGGUUUGUAUCCCAACCUCUAAUGGAGUUCUUGAACUUGGUUCUUCCGAUAAGGUCAUGGAGAAUUCCGGUCUGGUCCAGCAAACUAAAGCUCUGUUUGGUUCUUACUUAGUACCUCCUCCCAAGCACUUUCUAGAUAGAAAUCUUUCCUUCGCAGACACCGGGAUAAAGUCCGGUUCCCAAGCAGGGGUUGACUCGGAGCAUUCGGACUCCGAAGGUGUGAUACCGGCCGAGAUACCGGAAAAGAGGAAGCCAAAAAAAAGAGGGAGGAAACCUAUAUUGAACGGCCGAGACUUGCCCGUGAAUCACGUGGAGGCAGAGAGGCAGCGGAGAGAGAAGCUAAACCACCGCUUCUACGCCCUCAGAUCGGUGGUCCCAAACGUGUCAAGGAUGGACAAGGCAUCAUUACUUGCAGACGCAGUAUCGUACAUCAAUGAAUUGAAGGCCAAGGUAGAAAGAUUGGAAGCACAACAAAGGGAGAGAGAAAACAUUAGAAUCAAGACGGAAGUUGCAGAGAUCGCCGAUGUGAUAGAUGAUCAUCAUGACCAUCAUCAAGGUAGUAGUACAUGCACAACCGCUUUUAGUACAAUCACGAAAACAUGUCCAGGGAAGAUGGAAGUGGAGGUUAAGAUCUUGGGAUCGGACACAGUGAUUCGAGUACAGUCGGAGAAUGUGAACCACCCGUCAGCAAGAUUGAUGGAUGCGAUUCGUGAAUUGGGUUUUCAAGUUCAUCAUGCUAGUGUUUCCAGUAUCAAACAAGUUAUGCUUCAGGAUGUGGUGGUUAGGGUUCCUCAAGCCAUAGCUACUGCUUGUACUACUACUACUGGAAUACUAAAAGCUGAAGAGGCACUCAGAGCUGAUCUCCUUAGGAGGUUAAACUAUAGUGCUGGUUAUUAAUCAGAAUUCACCAUCAUCGUCAUCAAUCUCAAGCUCAUCGUGCUUUACCUCUAUGUCUCUAUUCCCUUCUCUGCUGGUGCCUGUAAUUUUCUCUUCUUUUUUUUUUUUUGUUAAUAGUACUUCUUACUUUUUUUUCUUUUUUUGGCCUUUUUGUUAACUUGUACUAUUCAUAGAAAUAAAAUUGCUGUGGGACCUUUUUCUUUUGCGUC